AUGCGCGAAUACAAGAUCGUCGUACUUGGCUCCGGUGGUGUCGGGAAAAGUGCUUUGACUGUGCAAUUCGUCCAAGGGAUCUUUGUGGAAAAGUACGACCCCACCAUCGAGGACAGCUACAGAAAACAAGUCGAAGUUGACGGGAACCAAUGCAUGCUCGAGAUCCUCGACACAGCUGGAACGGAACAAUUCACAGCGAUGCGCGACUUGUACAUGAAGAACGGACAGGGUUUCGUGCUCGUCUACUCGAUCACAGCACAGUCAACGUUCAACGACCUGAUUGAUUUGCGCGAGCAGAUUCUCCGCGUCAAAGAUGCCGAUGAUGUCCCAAUGAUCCUCGUGGGCAACAAAUGCGAUUUGGAAGACGAGCGUGUUGUGGGCAAGGAUCAGGGUCACUCGCUCGCCCGGCAGUUCAGCUCUGCCUUCCUCGAGACAUCAGCGAAAGCGAAAGUUAAUGUCAACGAAGUCUUCUUCGAUUUGGUGCGGCAAAUCAAUCGACGAUAUCCCGAGCAAGGCCGCGGAAACAAGCAGGGCAAGAAGGGCUUUUUCUCCUGCUGCUCCAUCAUG